CUGGGCCUGCUGGAAGGGCGGCCUCGUGGAAAGAGCGGAAGCUCUGUCUCGGCAGCUUCUCCCUUAUCGCUGCGGUCUAUGUUUGAGCUGGCGGUGUGUUUUAUUUUAUUUUAAUAUUUCUUUAGUGUUUAAAGAUCGGAAUCCCUGUUGUCUGACGGUUACCUCGCACGUGUUUGCAGACAACUUGUGAGCGCAGUCGCAGCCAUGGCUCAGCUGCAGACACGUUUCUUGACGGACAACAAGCAAUACGCAGUGGAUGAUGUUCCCUUCUCAAUCCCUGCAGCAUCUGAAGUUGCUGACCUUAGUAAUAUCAUCAAUAAAUUGCUGGAAGCCAAGAAUGAGUUACAUAAGCAUGUAGAGUUUGAUUUCCUUAUUAAGGGCCAAUUUCUGCGAAUGCCCUUGGUCAAACACAUGGAAUUGGAAAACAUAUCCUCAGAAGAGGUUGUGGAACUUGAAUAUGUGGAGAAGUACAGCGCACCACAGCCAGAGCAAUGCUUGAUUCAUGAUGACUGGAUCAGUUCAAUCAAAGGCGCAGAGGAAUGGAUCUUAACUGGUUCAUAUGAUAAGACUUCUCGGAUCUGGUCUUUGGAAGGAAAGUCAAUAAUGACAAUUGUCGGACAUACAGAUGUUGUCAAAGAUGUGGCCUGGGUAAAAAAAGAUAGUUUGUCUUGCUUGUUACUGACUGCCUCUAUGGAUCAGACUGUUCUCUUAUGGGAGUGGAAUGUAGAGAGAAACAAAGUGAAAGCCCUACAUUGUUGCAGAGGUCAUGCUGGAAGUGUGGAUUCUAUAGCAGUUGAUAGUACAGGAACUAAAUUUUGCAGUGGCUCCUGGGAUAAGAUGCUAAAGAUUUGGUCUACAGUCCCUACAGAUGAAGAAGAUGAAAUAGAGGAAUCUACAAAUAGACCAAGAAAGAAACAAAAAACAGAGCAACUAGGACUAACAAGGACCCCUAUAGUGACUCUCUCUGGCCACACAGAAGCAAUUUCAUCAGUUCUGUGGUCAGAUGCUGAAGAAAUAUGCAGUGCAUCUUGGGACCACACGAUCAGAGUAUGGGAUGUUGAGUCUGGCAGUCUUAAGUCAACUUUGACAGGAAAUAAAGUGUUUAAUUCUAUCUCCUAUUCUCCACUUUGUAAACGUUUAGCGUCUGGAAGCACAGAUAGGCACAUCAGGCUAUGGGACCCCAGAAGUCAAAAUGGCUCUUUGGUGUCGCUUUCCUUAACCUCACAUACAGGUUGGGUUACAUCAGUAAAGUGGUCUCCUACCCAUGAACAGCAACUGGUUUCUGGCUCUUUCGAUAAUAUUGUCAAACUGUGGGAUACAAGAAGUUGUAAGGCUCCUCUCUAUGAUCUGGCUGCUCACGAAGACAGAAUUCUGAGUGUAGACUGGACAGACACAGGGUUACUUCUGAGUGGAGGAGCAGACAACAAACUGUAUUCCUACAAAUACUCCCCCACUACUUCCCAUGUGGGGGCAUGAAAGUUCAUUAUAAAUUGUGACUCCAGAGAUUCUAGUGAUGAAAUUGAUUUAAAAAAAAAAUCUGUAGACUUCAUGAUGCAGAUACAAAAGCAAUGUUUUCACCACUGAUAACUACCGCUAUUAUUUUAUAUUUAUUAUACACUAUUUGUGUUUAUAAAAUAGAAAGUAUGGUCUG